UUCAGUCAGUAUUGUAAAAGCGUUCAACAGAUACAGACCGUCACGUGAAUUUAUCUCGCUACUAAGCCCGUUGUCGAAUCUCGAAUAGUCGGUUUCAUUGAUUGGACACAACAACUAUCAAUUUAUAAGAAAUUGAGGAUACAUAUAAUUGGAUUGGUUUAUCACAAAGUGUUAAACGAGUUUAAUAUUAACGGUAAAUCUGUCGUUUAAUUUGCCUUGUGUAGUUUAAUUUCAUUGGCAUUGUUUUCAAAACAUUAAAUUCUGUUGUCAUGUCGCCUGAAGAAACUAUGGUGUGACUGUAUCGAUAUGUAGAGUAGGGAGCGGUACCAACAGAGUGUGUGCGUGUGUCGGAUACGGCCCAGUGAACCGCCGGGCCCCUAUCGUGUGACCCUAGUGUACAGCUGCAGCUCAAAGCAUAAUAUCAAGAGAGACGGUGACUGAUGGAGGAUUGUGUGGUGGAACGCCAGAAAGGGCGUCAUGCAGGAAUUCGUGGUUGGCCCUAGUUUCCCCAAAUACCGGCAAAACGGCGGCGACGGAGGCUGCGACGGUACUUGCACCACAGACGGGCGGUGCAGACAGUGCCAGUGGGGGCUCGGGCGGCUCUGGCAUGGAGUGCAUCCAAUUGCGCUCGCCGCCCGGACCCUUCCAUUACCUCAUAUCGGAGCAGGCUAAGUCCCUCGUCGCUCUACAGGAACUCCAGAAUGAGGUCGGCGCAUUGCUCGAGUUUCGCGACCUCGUCAUCGAGACAUUCCCAAACCUGCGCUCGAAGAUGGCGCCGUCAACGCCCGCGAGUGGCACGCGCCGUGACUGGGAGCCAGGCGUGCGAGUACGCCGGAAACUCGCCGGAGGAAGUGGGGACACUACGCGGACAAAGCCUCAGCCAUCUGUGCAGGACUCCGGCUUUAGCACAGAAACGUCUUGUGGAAAAGACGCCCACUCAUCCUCGGCUUCGGCCUCGGCGUCGGCGUCCAGAACGCGGCCUCUUGAGGAUGAGCUCUGGCCGCUUUUGGAUGUCAUACAACGCAAAGGCGUACGGUUACGCGACGAAGCCGAGUUACUGCGGGGAGAGCUGGAUGAAAGACAUUCGGGAGAUACAGCGGAGGAGUCCUUUGCACGUGCAUUAUCAGGUGAAUGCGGCGAGUGCGGUGACCUGCAGCGGUUGCGAUGCGAGCGCGACGCGCUGCUGGCCCGCGCGGCGCAGCUGGAGGCGGAGGCGGCGGCCAGCCCGCCGGCCGCGGCGCUGGCCACCAGCUCGCCCCUCGGCCGCCUCGAUUCCGCGCUCGACACACCCUCCCGAGCCCCUCGCGUCGCCACGCCGGACUCAAAGAAGUUCGCGGCGAUUCUCCUCGAGAGCAAUCCCGUCGAACUUCAAAGACAGCUGCUCACCUCCACCGUACAGAAUCAGGUGUUACUCGAGCGGUUAAAACGUGCGGCUGCGCGGCGAUCACUGUUGCUGGAGAGACUGGAGCGUGCGCGAGACCUCAACGAGGACCUUAAAUUUAGGCUCGAAGAGAAAAAUAUAGAGCUAGAGGGCGCCCGCGCGCGAGUGAGACAGCUCGAGGGCAAACAGCGGAGCGCGAGCGAGAGCUUGGAGCGCAGCCGCGACGCGCACAGCAGCAUGCGCGACAUGGAGCCGCUGCACAUCCCCGAGGCGGCCGACGACGACUGCGACACGCCGCGCCGCCCGCCCGCGCGGCCCAGCCGCAUCCCGCUGCACACCGCGCACAAGGGCGCCGCGCCGCGCCCGCCGCCCGCCGCCGCCGCCGCCGCCGCCGCCGCCGCCGGCGCCGCGCCGCCGCGCCCGCCGUCGGCGCACUCGGCGCACUCGGUGCGCUCGGCGCGGUCGGCGGCGUCGGCGCGCAGCCGCAGCUCCACGUCGGCGCCCAAGUCGGCGGUGCCCGUGCGCCGCUCCCCGCCACACGACAACAAGAAAUCUGGCCAGGCGCAGUGCCGCGGUGACCCCCACAGUGACCCCCGGGCGCCGUUGGUGGCCGAGUACGUGGCUCGCACGGAACGUCUGGCGCCGUUGUUCUCUCGACUGCACACGCACGCGGUCCGCUCGCGGCCGCUUCCCGCCGAUCUGCUGCUCGACUACCAACUCGCGUACGAGACGCCCCAGAACUUGGCGCUCGAACUUACCAAGUCGAUACUCUACGAGAACGCCGACUCGAUCGACAAAACACUCAAGUCGAUCAACUCGCACGGCGAAGACUCGCUGUGGAACGGCAAGCCGCAGCAGUAUUUCGAGAGCAUGAAUUACGGUGAGGUUCUGUCGACCGACAACGAUCUAGACGUCAAAGACUAUGAUAGCGACUCGCUGGCUCCGUGAAGUGGUUUUAUCCUAAUUGCAUUAAAAAUGAGAGGAUUUUUAAUAGACUAUGUUACUAAGUAAUAUUGGCCAGUCAAUUGAAAAUAUUUAUUAUAAAUUUCGCUUACAGGUUCACAGAGCCAUGCUUUUUUUUUUCAUUUAAAUCAAAUUAAUCCUUUCAUUUCUACCGCCUAAAUGCAGGAUCGUCUCGAAGCAUUUUCAUGUGUGCGGUAAUGUAGCGUUAAUUUUACAGACAGACCAACCAUUCCAUUAUAAAGGCACACUCGGAAUGUAGCGAGUGAUCUGUGAUAGAUUUUAAUAUAAUAUUCUACUGUUUCAUAUUUAAAAUUCUAUCAAUUUACAAGUAUCUUGUGUUCGUUGAGUACACUGGAUUUUUUCCAGUUAAAUAUUUCGAUAAUUAAUUUAUGAGUAAACAUUUAAUUCACCAUAUUAUUCUUAAACAAUGUACUAGUGGAAUAUAUUUUUCAUGUGUAAAUUACGUUUACAUUAAAUGAAAUACAAUUAUUAAGUGUCAAAUAUUACAUACCUAAUGAAUUUAUUAGUUAUUUUAUUGUAUGUGAGGUUCUAUAUUGAGAAAAUGCUUAUUAUAAAAUAGAAUACAAAGUGAGAUGGUGUUGGACGAAUAAUGGUAGCUAUUUAACCUAAUUAUUGUCAUUCCUAAGCCUAUAAGGACAGACUGUAACAAAUUAAUUAAUUGAGUGAGAGCUUGGAACGACUGUAGUAAGGCUGUGAAACACUCAAGUGUGCUUUGAUUUGGAGGAGUAUAAUAAAUAGCUUAGAGUUAGUUAGUUUAAAGAAUUUAUUCACACGUCAAACCUAUACGUGUGCGACUUUAAUUUAUACAUAACUAUACUAUUGUUGAACUUUGUCCAAAUGUCCAGUACUGAACGUCCAUCGCAUGACUGCCGGUGUUAAUGAAAUUUAAAAUGGUAUCAAUCAUUAGUUGAUUUGUAGUAGCGUAACGCUUUUGUCGCGAUAAAGCUCGCUAACAAAUAGUAGGAGACUGAUUUUGUAUAAAAAAAACAUAGUGAUAUGCUUAUACCAAGGGAGGCAAGCUCCGAUUAAAACUCCUUAAUGUUUUUUGUUCUAUUUUAUAAGCUUCAUAAUGUGUAAAAAGAUAUUGCCUAAGCAUAAGUAACUGUUAGGUUAUUAAUUAAUAUUCCAAUUCUAUAGUGUAUAUGACUAUUUUGUAAAAAUUAAGUAGAGCAACUAAAUAAUUAAGUCAACUGUUUAUUGUACAGCUUUAUCUGCGUUUAUUGUAAAUUAUUAAGCCACUACCUACCUAAAAGUAAGAUACUCAUAAAAUUAUCUAGUUGACUUGAAUCUAGUUGAUGACAUAUGUAAAUUGUACAGAAAUCAUAUCAUUAUAUACAAAUUAUGAAAUAAAUUGAUCAUAUCAAUAA